UUAAGUGAAAUAAAAUCAAAAAAUGACGAGAACGUUCGCCAGCUCAAUGACUUGAGCGCACAGAGGGCAAGACUGCAAACAGAGAACGGUGAAUUUAAUCGCCAGAUGGAGGAGAAGGAAGCUCUUAUUUCCCAGCUCCCCAGAGGCAAACAGGCUUACACUCGGCAGAUUGAAGAGAUUAAGAGACACAUUGAGGAGGAAAUAAAGGCCAAGAAUGCCCUGGCCCACGCCAUUCAGUCAUCCCGCCAUGACUGCGAUCUGCUCAGAGAGCAGUUUGAAGAGGAGCAGGAGGCCAAGGCCGAGCUGCAGCGGGGAAUGUCCAAGGCCAACAGUGAGGUGGCUCAGUGGAGAACCAAGUAUGAGACUGAUGCUAUCCAGUGCACUGAGGAGCUGGAGGAGGCCAAGAAAAAGCUUGCCCAGCGUCUGCAGGACGCUGAAGAAUGCAUUGAGGCUGUGAACUCCAAAUGUGCCUCUUUGGAGAAGACUAAGCAGAGGCUGCAGGGUGAGGUGGAGGACCUCAUGAUCGAUGUGACUGAGAGAGGACGCAAAGUGGCUGAGCAGGAGCUGGUUGAUGCUAGUGAGCGUGUCGGCCUGCUUAACUCCUAGAACACCAGUCUUCUGAACACCAAGAAGAAGCUGGAGGGGGACUUUUCGCAGAUUCAAGGUGAGGCGGAUGAUGCUGUUCAGGAAGCACGAAAUGCUGAAAAGAAAGCUAAAAAGGCUAUCACUGAUGCUGCCAUGAUGGCGGAGGAGCUGAAGAAGGAGCAGGACACCAGUGCUCACCUGGAGAGGAUGAAGAAGAACAUGGAGGUCACAGUCAAGGACCUGCAGCACCGUCUGGAUGAGGCUGAGAACCUCGCCAUGAAGGGUGGCAAGAAGCAACUCCAGAAACUGGAGUCCAGGGUGCGCGAGUUGGAGACUGAAGUUGAAGCUGAACAGAGACGUGGAGCUGAUGCCAUUAAAGGAGUUCACAAAUAUGAAAGGAGAGUGAAGGAGCUUACCUACCAGACUGAGGAAGACAAGAAGAAUGUGACCAGACUUCAGGAUCUGGUGGACAAGCUGCAGCUCAAAGUCAAGGCUUAAAAGAGACAGGCUGAGGAGGCUGAGGAGCAGGCCAACACUCACAUGUCCAGGCUCAGGAAGGUUCAGCAUGAACUGGAAGAAGCUCAGGAGCGCGCUGACAUUUCUGAGACCCAGGUCAACAACCUGAGAGCCAAGAGUCGUGAUGUUGGAAAGGUAAUCACGUUUAAUUAA